GUCUUAAAAAGGGCAAACGCUUCUUUUCUCCUUUGAAAACCCGCCUUCUGCCGUGGUACAGAAAUAGAAAGGUUUGGCUGCAACAGCAUCUCUGCAAAGGGGAGGAAAUCAGAUCAGCAAGAAGAAUAAGACACUUUGUUUAGGUUUCGCGACCGAGUGAUUAGUCAGAGAUCCUUGUCUUCCGUUUGCUGAGCAUCAGCAACAUAAAGGAGACUUACCCAGCUAACCAGCCUGGCUGAAUAUCAAGCCGGGAGGGCGUGAAUAACGAAGUUUACACAGAUACAGAGAAAGCAUUUACCCACUCACAGCAACUUAAUUACGUUUAGCAACCGGCAAGUUAGCGUGACAUCUUCCAGUCGUUGCAUUUUUUGAGGGAAUGGCAUUGGAUUUCGCUGCUGGAUGUGUAGGAGGUGCUGCUGGUGUUUUGGUUGGGCAUCCAUUUGACACUGUAAAGGUCCGGCUUCAGGUUCAAAAUGUGGACAAACCUCUGUACCGUGGGACGUUUCAUUGCUUCCAGUCAAUCGUACGCCAGGAGUCGAUACUUGGUCUAUACAAAGGUAUUGGCUCUCCGAUGAUGGGGCUGACCUUCAUCAAUGCUAUAGUUUUUGGUGUCCAGGGAAACACUAUGCGCAUGCUUGGCUGUGACACACCUCUCAACCAGUUCUUGGCUGGAGCCUCUGCUGGAGCUAUCCAGUGUGUCAUUUGCUGUCCAAUGGAGCUGGCCAAGACACGUAUGCAAAUGCAAGGGACUGGAGAGAAGAAGUCUAAGAAGAAGAUGUAUAAGAACUCCAUGGACUGUCUGGUGAGAAUCUACAAGAAGGAGGGGAUCAGGGGGAUCAACCGUGGCAUGGUGACCACUCUGGUGCGCGAGACACCAGGUUUUGGUGUGUACUUCCUUGCAUAUGACAUGUUGACACGCUCACUGGGCUGUGAGCCAGAAGACCCGUACAUGAUCCCCAAGCUGCUGUUUGCUGGCGGAAUGUCGGGCAUCGCUUCCUGGCUCUCCACCUACCCCGUGGAUGUGAUCAAGUCGCGCCUGCAAGCGGACGGGGUUGGUGGCGUUAACCGGUAUAAUGGUAUUAUGGACUGUGUCAGGCAGAGUUUACAGAAAGAGGGGUGGAGAGUGUUCACUCGUGGACUCACGUCCACUUUGCUCCGUGCAUUCCCAGUGAACGCUACCACGUUUGCCACUGUGACUCUGUUCUUAAUGUACAUGCGUGAAGGUGGCGAGUGCAGCAUUCCAGACUCUGAGCCGCCAUCUGUUCAGCUGCAGCCGACCAGCAUGUAAGCUGCUAUGCAGCAGUGAGCAUUAUUAAUUUUUAAGCAAACCUAUCUGUAGACAAGAGUUUCACAGAGGUCUGCGAUCUGUUAAAUAGUGUCCGUAGUCACAAAGAACUGAUUUUUAGGUAAGCAUCUGUCCAUAAAGCGUCAACCAAGUGGUCAAACAUAGUAUUUAAAUAAUAUAUAUUUUAAGAUGAAAGCUGCAUUUGUAAAUAUGGUCUGUUUUUAAACACCUUAGCUUUUGUACAUAUUUUUGCUUUUUUAAAGCAAUUAAAGAAACUUGACAGUUACAAGAGUUACUGUAAUAACAUACAGUGACUGUUACAGAUCCUGAAAAUGUAGAACACUUUAUUCCUGAUGAGGCUGUUUUCAAAUCAUAAUGGAACUAAUCUCCAAUAUUACACAGGCCUAAACACACGAGUGCUUUAUACAAUUAGUAAAAUGAAGUCGAUUUACAGUGUAAUUGUUAUAGUCAAAAUUAUCCUGUUUACUGUCCUGUGAACAGUUUUGUAGCAUCUUGUGGAAAUGGUUAUAUACAUAGACAUUUCUUGUUUGUUAAUGCUCCAUGUAGUUUAAACUGGAUUAGGCAGAAAUUUAGGAAAGGCAAAUGCAAGACAAAUUGUGAUUUGAGAAUCUAGCUACUACUACUGAGCCACUGGCUAUUGUUUACUGAGGGUUAAACUAUCAGUUAUGUCAAGUGACUGUUGUAAUGUUCACCUGAGAAAACCCAUUACGGUUAAAACAAAACAGAUUCUAAGUUGGUAUGUCUUUCCAAGAAAGGGGGGAUGAAAUUAUACAGAAAAAUGUUAACAUUGCUGCUGGGGCUCAUACUUGUGACUUCUUAACAUCCCCUUCUACCCAGAAGUAGCCACGGCAGUCAUGCUUCAUACGAGCAAAGGGAGGAUCACAAUGACAGAAUUGAAGCUGAAACUUGUAUCUCGUUUUAAUAAUUCUUUAUUUUUUGCUACUGAAUCAGGCUUUUCACUAUCAUAAGGCUCACAUGUGAAUUUGUGGAACAGCCAGUAGGGAUGGCGUCUUUCUGAAAAGAUCUGAUUGGCUAAAGUUUGAAUCAAAGACUAGAUUUUCAAAAAUCCUCUUUGCCAAAAAGAAAAAAAAAAAAACAAAAGAAAAGAAAAACUGCCUACACCAUCUUUACCUUCCUCUGAAAAGUCAUAGCAACGUUAAUUGUGGCUGCUUUAUAAAGUUUCAAGUGUGCAGUUACAGCUAACAUUUUAUAUCACUUCUUUGGUGACUGUAAUAAUCUGUCUUAGAACACUUGUAAUUAAAAUAUUACAGGGUUGAAUGUUAGUCUGUUGCAGUAUGGUAUAAGAUUUUGGAUAAAGUCAGAAAAAAUAAUUGUGUAAUAUUUUCUUUAAAAAUGUGUCAUUAUUUGAUGCGGUCAUUUUAAAACCAAACUGGAUACAGUGUCAUCAUACUGUGGACAUUAUACUGUGUUCAAAUAAAGCACCUUAUGGUAUGACAUUAAGCAUAUGUAUGGUUAAAAAUACAUUUUGGCAAUCACCUUUUCUCUUAAUGGGUUUUGUAUUUCCUACUAAGGGAAGAUUCUCUAGCAGUUUGGCUAGACCAGUCAUGUACACUACUAUGCCACCUAGAGGCACAGAAGGUAAUGGCUCCUGUAUUUUAAACCUUUUUUUAUCUACAGUCUGUUUGCUGAUUUUGCUGCCAGUUUGCAGAUUCUGUUACUUUUUAGUUUGGCCAGAAAUUCUUGUCCUUCAGUUUACCUUCCGAUGGAGUGUGACCAUUUUCUGCUCUUAUAGUUAACAAUUGACACAUUCUUCAAGAUUAAAAUGAGCCUUAUACCCAGCCAGAAAACCUGCAACUAACGCAUGCACACACACACACACACACACACACACAAACGCACUUCUGUGUUCGAUAUUCACCAGAAAGGUUUACCAAAUACAGAAGCCAUAACUUUCCCUGUAAAUGAUAUUCAUCUUCAUAACUCACCAACCUCCAGGUGUAGCUUUGCCUGGGGGUGGUGGGUCAGAUGUGGAGGUCUGAAACUGCUUUGGAUUUGUCCAAAGAUAUAAUGUACAUAUUGAAUGUGGCAGUUUUUUUGCUUUGUGAGAACUCUAGACUUUAGAUUUACCUUAAUUGUAUCCAUGUAUUAUUCUGUUUUGUUUUUUCUUUCCAAUAUUUUUUUUCCUUUAAGCCUGUGGGUUUAUUUCUAUCAGAACAGAUUCGUGAUAUCUCUGUAAAAAAAUGCUGCUGUAAAUAUCUAAUGUUUGCUUUUGUGUUUGUACUUUUAACAGCCUGUACAAUACCUUGCACCAAAGUAGCACAUGUAAUUUGAAACCCCAAAGGAGAAUAGUGAAAUAAAACACUUUUUUUUUGAAAGACA